GCCCAUCUUCACCACAUACCAAUGGCCUCGCUUCUUUUCGACGAUUAUGACUUCCCUCGAGAACUGUGGGACUCCAGUACCCAAACCUUCACGACCCCCGUAGACACCCUGUUGACCUUUUGUCCGCAUAUCGUCACUCAGCUAAAGAAGGAGCCUCGAGAACAAGAGCCUAUCAAGCAGGAGAAGGGAACGUUUGAAAAAUUCUUUGAGACCAGCAAAAAUAAUCUAGCAAGCACAUUCUCAAUCUCUAUGGCGGAAAGAACGUUUCGAUUUUGUGUCGAGGCAGCAACUGCCUAUCUUGAAACUACCAAUGACAGGAGCGCUAGGCGAAGACGAUAUAGCGAACUAUAUAGACAGGACAUAUUCUCUGAUGAGGAAGACGAAGCAAUGAGCAUGAGAAGAUGGCGACGAAGGCAAGACACAGAACCCCGAGGACGAGACAAUCGAAAGAGGGAAGAAAAAAUCGAAGAGGAAGAAGAGAAAAAGAAGCAGGAAGUGGCUAUCAUCAAAAAAGAGAAUAUGUCUCUAAUGACCAAAUCCGUAGCUUCCCUCGCUGCCUUGACCAUCUCGCUCUAUUCUGCACACCGUGCAUCGAUUUCAUGGGGCGAUAUUACGUUUCAUGGCCAAUUGGAACUUCUUACCACCCACGUCAAUGCGGCACUAGAGUCUACUUCAGCCUGGAUCAAGGAUCGACAGGACAUGAAUGACGAAAUUCCCGAUAUCAUUGUACGAGAUGUCAAUCGGCUACGAGAGUUGAUCUCUCUGAUUGAAAGAUUGGAUUCACGGACGGAAAAGCGCCUAGAAACAGCUGGAUGGGGUAUCAGCACGGCAGGAAGUCUUUCUGUACUAGGAGGUAUUGCUCUUGGGUGGACGGAUCAGGCCUUAAUUCUCAGUGGUGCAGCCAUGGUAGGAGGAAUAUUAUUCGGCAUUGUCAAUAGAACCCGCUGGAACGGAGCAUCCUGGAAGGCAUCCAAAGCUGUCCUCGAAGCACGCUUGUCGACUUUGGUACGAGACAUCAAUCGAGAUGCACCAUUAAGAGAACACACCAUUCAAGAACUGGAACAAAAAGUGCGCAAGCCAGGUGUUUAUGAUGCUAGUACAACUACAUUACCUGGGCUUAGCAACAGCCAUCCCACCAAUGUUAAAGCGGAGUUGCAGGCGGACGAAACUGUCGGGACCAGUAGAUCAAAACAGCCCGUGCCAUCAUCAUCAUAAAUACACCCAUUUUCUUUGUAAUAGUUCGAAAGACUCCUAUGUCUCUCACAAUUAGUUGCUAAUUUUCAUUUUGAAUUUUUCAUUCAUACGUAUCGUACGACCGAGAUAUUCUGACGUAGACUUUCUCACGCAAUCAUACACAGCCAAUUUUUUUUGGGCUGGAAGAUUCUGAAAAUGUUAUGCUUGUACCAUCAGCAGAGACAACUGCGCAUUUUAGUCAUGUUAUCUCUCGUAUAUUGACCAAAUAUCCGGCCAAAGUAUAACGCAGUACCUCCAUACUAUAACGUGUUUUGACUACACGCGUAGCCGAUUGCAUUGUAGAUCGGCCGGCUGGAUCAUGCGCCAAUAAAGUUUCUGAUAUAUCUAUUUUAA